ACAGUUUUGUGUUAUUGUUUUAUGUAUUUUUGAUUCAGUAUUUUGUAUUUUUUAUUCUUGCUAUUCAUGGCUUCGACAGCGAAUCUUCUUUAUCAAUGCCUAAUCGGGAUGCAGUGUAAUGAUUUUGCUAUAGUCGCUGCUGACAAGAACUACAACCAGAGUAUUCUGGUGAUGAAGGACGAUGAAGAUAAGUUAAUACAAGUGUCAGAUAAACUAAUAAUGGGGGUAAACGGAGAUCUUGGCGACAUAGCACAGUUCACACAGUUUGUGGUCCGGAACAUGAAGCUGUAUUCCUUGAGGAACGGGUACCAGCUCGACACUGCGGCGGCUGUGCACUUCACCAGAACCAACAUGGCCGACGUGUUGAGGACGGGGAUUCCUUACGUGGUGAACCUUCUAGUAGCAGGGUAUGACGACAAGAAAGGCGGGGAACUGUACACGGUGGACUUCCUGGCUUCCUGUGUCAGGUUGCCGUUUGCCGCUCACGGGUUUGCAGGCCAGCUCAGUGUUGGGAUACUGAGCCAGUAUUAUAGGCCCGAUCUGAGAGAAGAGGAGGCAUAUGAAUUGAUAAAGCUGUGUGUUCGCGAAAUACAUCGACGUCUCAUCAUUAACCUGCCCAACUUUGGGGUCAAAUCUAUAUCUAAAGACGGGAUCAAGAUUCUACCACCAAUUAGACCAGCGUCUUUUGAUAAGUGA